ACCAAUCAUUCGCCCUCUGACCUCGAAAGUCUCAGAGCUCUUUCUGGUCUCAUUUGACUGUUUCGCGGUACCGAAACGUACCCCCUGCUACCAACCACCAUCGCCGAGCGUUAUCCCCGCUCCACGGUCCACCGAUCGUCCAGCAAUACUCCGUCACUCGUGACGAGAUCCGCGCCUCGUUAAGAAGAGGAAGAGAAGGCUAAGGCCCCCGAGGACAGACAAGACCAGUGAUAUCGUGGUUACACAGAAUCGACGAAGAUACCUUUAUCAGCAAAAUGACGAUUACAUUUGUGCAGAGAUCCAUAAUUAUCUUCGCCGUUCUUCUCUGUUACUAUCAGUCCUGGGUUAGCGCAGUGGACUGCGAACAAGAACCCUAUCAUCCCUCGUGCCGAGGUUCACAGCUGAGAAAACGCCUAACACCCUUGCCCGUUUUGCGCGCUGUAAAUUGCGAAGAAGGUGACUGCAGAUUCCCCAGAAUGAAAUUCUUGAUUGCAAUUCUCGAUGACACUCCUUCUAAGAACGAGGCUCAUCCUUCCAAUUCUGAAUCCAACUCCAUCCAUUCGCGCAAGGAUAGAAUACGGGUGGAGCCGAAGGAUUUAUACGUGGACGACUAUUGAUUUGGCGAUCACCGAAAUUUAUGUCGACGCGAUUCGCACAGAAAUGACUGACCGAUCGACAACUUUUCAAACAUAUUAUCUCGUCCGUUCGAUUGCCUUUUAUUAUUAUUAUAUCCGGCUUAAUUGCGCCGUAUUUCCUCUAAUAUCGUCUCUUCUCUUUUCUUCUCAUUUCCUCUCGCAAGAAUAGGCAGUGAUAAAUUACGUGCAUGCACGCAUGUUGUUAGCACUUUGAUCUUUCGAUAAUAAACACCUGAAUCGCACAACGGAGGAUGCCAAUUUACUCUUGAUCUUGUAGAAGACAUAAUUACAACAUUUGCGAAUUAAUUACGACGCCCCUUCGCGUCAACCCUUUCAGCACCGUGUUAUAUUCGCAAACGUAGAAAUACAAACGCUUUAAAUAGUAUCGGACGGUGUUGAUUAGAUUAAUUUUACAAAAAGUAAUUAUGAUGAUAGAUCUAUAUCUAUUCUUAAUUCUUGCCCUUUCAUCCACUGUAAUAUUUCAACACGUGUGCAUCUAUUAAUAAUUUGAGCAAAGUUAAAUUGAGCAAGAUAAAAUUUCAUGUUAUUCAUGCGUUAUUAAAUUUCCGAUUGUUAUCUGGCGAAUAUUUAUUUUUCAUACUGAAAGGGUCGAAGUCUAUAGUUAUAAUUGCCUUUAAAUAUGUAUGCGCAUCCGUACAUAAGGCAUGCAUAAUAAGAUAAUCCGCACGUGAUCGGCCACAAUCGAGUUAUUGUACAUAAAGAGAUGUAAAACGAUGUUUAUAUAUGUUGUUUCAAAUUGUUUCGAUUAACAUUUCAAAUAAAGUAUAUGUAUAUACUUGAUAAAAAAAGAGGUUUGUUACAUUAUGCGUGUAUACUUUUGAGCAGCAGCUAAAAGACGUACUAAUUGCAUCGCACAACAACCAAUAAACUUCGAUCACGUCAUCGAUAUAUUUAUUGCUGUGAAAA